UCAGCCAAUCAGCGUCAAGCGAGUCCGCAAUCCGCAGCGCCCUCAGCGAGCUAGAGUUGUGGUUCGCGGGCGCACGGCUCAGUAUUACCUACUAUAAGGACAAGGCGCAACUACCCACGCCCAUCGUGAAGGACUUCAAGGAGAUUCUUGCCAAGAUAGAAGAGCAGCAGUGGGUAGUGACGUCACUGCGUGGUGACGACGCGUGCGCCGCGUGGGAGUCGCGCCUGCGGGCCGCGCUCGUGCUGGUGCGCUCCACGCAUCAUGCGCAGAGGAGGUGACUACCAUGACUACCCUAGAGCAGCAGUGGGUAGUGACGUCACUGCGUGGUGACGACGCGUGCGCCGCGUGGGAGUCGCGCCUGCGGGCCGCGCUCGUGCUGGUGCGCUCCACGCAUCAUGCGCAGAGGAGGUGACUACCAUGACUACCCUAGAGCAGCAGUGAGUAGUGACGUCACUGCGUGGUGACGACGUGUGCGCCGCGUGGGAGUCGCGCCUGCGGGCCGCGCUCGUGCUGGUGCGCUCCACGCAUCAUGCGCAGAGGAGGUGGUUGUAUCUAGAACCAAUUCUAUCCAACGACGACGGCGAGCUUGGGAUCAAAUUCCGCAAAGUGGAUCAGGGCUUUAGACAGGUGGCGCGGGCGAUAGAGAACGACGCUCGUCUGUCGGCGCUGACGCAGUCCGUGAGUCUGCAGCCGAUGCUGGACUCCAUCUCCGAGCAGCUGAGUGCGUGCCAGUCCGCAUUGAAACUGUAUAUUGAUGAGAAGCGCUCGACAUUCCCCCGCCUCUACUUCCUGAGCGACGAUGACCUGCUCGAGUUACUCGGGCAGGCGCGGGCGGGGGCCGAGGGGCGGGAGGCGGUCAUGCAGUCGCACCUCAAGAAGCUGUUCCCGGGCAUCACGGGCGUGAGGCUCGGACCUGAUGGAAUGUCUAUCACUGGCCUCUGUAGUCAGCAUGGGGAGACGUUGCCGCUUGAACAUCCGGUGGAUAUCGAUUGUACUGUUGAGAUGUGGCUUAAAAACUUGGAAAUCGAAAUGCGCUCGUCAAUCAAAAACAUGGCGCUCAAAUGUGUCGUCACAAAUUCACUGCAAGAGCAAGAUCCAUUCUCUCUGCCGACUCAGAUCAUCUGUCUCGCUCAGAACAUCCGGUUCACAGAACAAACGGAAAGGGCUUUAGCAGCCAAAGAACUUCACAAACUAAAGGCGAACAUUGAAAAGGAGAAUUUGUACUAUGCGGAGUCUGAAGUUGAAGACGAAAAUGAACGAAACAAGCGUCAAGCGCUCAUUCUACAAUGUGCUUAUUAUUUGGCUGUUAUAAAGACGUUGAUUGAAAACAAUGUUACCUCCACCAGUCAUUGGCUGUGGCAAAAACAAUUGAGGUUCUAUCUCCUCAGCAACAAAGAGAUAGUGGCUAAAAUGGGCUUAGCUCAGAUUUCCUACUCGUAUGAAUACCUUGGGGUAAACACAGGCCAGUUUGUGAGAACAGAGCUCGCUGAUGAAUGUUUCCUUAUUUUGACACAAGCACUUCACCUCGGAUUGGUGGGAAAUCCUUUUGGUCCCGCUGGUACCGGCAAAACCGAGUCAGUUAAAGCACUCGGUGGAUUGGUCGGCCGUUUGGUGCUCGUCUUCAAUUGUGACGAGGCAAUGGACGCUCAAUCCAUGGGCCGCCUGCUAACCGGCCUAGCUCUCUGCGGCGCGUGGGGCUGCUUUGACGAGCUGAACCGCCUCACCGCUGACACCCUCGCAGCGGUCUCACACCAGUUCGCAGCUCUACUGGACAGGAGUGGCAACGGGAGGGCGGUGUUGGGCGAUAAGGAGGUUACAGUAUCUGAAUGGUGCGGGCUGGCGGCCACAAUGAACCCAGUGGGGCGAGGUUACGGUGGGCGGCGACUUCUUCCAGCCGCACUCGAGAGGGUCCUUCGUCCAGUGGCCAUGAUGAGCCCGGAGCCCACGGAGCUGGCGGCGCACCUAUUGGCUGCUAAAGCAGUCGCCAACGCCGGCAGCCUCGCCGCGCACCUGUGUCGCGUCUUCGCCAUGGCUAGUGAGCUUCUAAGCGGCCAGCGCCACUAUGACUGGGGCCUGCGCGCACUGAAAGCAGCCGUGGGCAGUUGUGGAAAUGCACUCAGUGGCAAAGGUGUAUCCAAAGAACCGCUGGCCCAAAAGGCUGCACUGCGCCGUGUGUUACGACUGAACAAUCUGUCCAAACUCACCAAAGAUGACGCGGCCAGGUUCGAGGCGAUUCUCGGUAUGGUGUUUGCCGAUGUGCCCGAGGAAGAGACUUCUGCUAACCCUAUCAGCACAGCCCUAGAAGCUACCGUCAAGUCGCUCAACUUGAUGUACAAUGACCUUCAGGCUCAGAAGUGCAUGGAGUUGUAUGAACAGCUACAACAGAGAAUGGGGGUCGUCAUAGUUGGCCCGCCUGGUUCUGGAAAGUCGACUAUCCGAAAAAUACUUAAAAGUACUCUAACACAACAAGGCAAGACCAUAGUGGAGCACAUAAUCUGCCCGAAGGCCAUGAGCCGCGCGAGCCUGCUAGGCCGCGUGGACCUCGACACGCGGCAGUGGACCGACGGAGUCAUCUCGGCCACGGCGCUGGAGGUGGCUGGCCAGUCUGAUGACGUGUGGUCGUGGGUGGUGUGCGACGGCGACAUAGACCCGGAGUGGGUGGAGGCGCUCAACUCAGUGCUGGAUGAUAAUCACCUGCUGACGCUGCCCUCGGGCUGGCGCAUACAGUUCCCACCCAAUGUCAACUUUAUAUUCAAUGACGUGUGGUCGUGGGUGGUGUGCGACGGCGACAUAGACCCGGAGUGGGUGGAGGCGCUCAACUCAGUGCUGGAUGAUAAUCACCUGCUGACGCUGCCCUCGGGCUGGCGCAUACAGUUCGGACACAAUGUCAACUUUAUAUUCAUUGACGUGUGGUCGUGGGUGGUGUGCGACGGCGACAUAGACCCGGAGUGGGUGGAGGCGCUCAACUCAGUGCUGGAUGAUAAUCACCUGCUGACGCUGCCCUCGGGCUGGCGCAUACAGUUCCCACCCAAUGUCAACUUUAUAUUCAAUGGCAUCUGUGUCUCUUCUGACGACGUGUGGUCGUGGGUGGUGUGCGACGGCGACGUAGACCCGGAGUGGGUGGAGGCGCUCAACUCAGUGCUGGACGACAACCACCUGCUGACGCUGCCCUCGGGCUGGCGCGUACAGUUCGGGCCUAAUGUCAACUUUAUAUUCUAG